UGAUGAUGAUGAUGAAGAUUAUCCGCGCUGAAUGAGAAACAAUAUGUGACUUUCAUCGGUUUUAUUUCUACAGUGAUUUCACAAGUUUUAUUUCCGGUGUUUAUUUUCGGCGGGAGAAUUGCGAGUUGUCUGUAACGCAGUAAAACUCCAGGAAACAAGUGAAAUCUGUGUGACUCUGUUGUAAAGAUGUUUAUUAAAGAGGAGAGUGAAGAUAUGGCUUAUCCAGAAGCAUGCAGAAUUAAAACCGAACACACUGACGAACAAACAGACUUGAUGGAAAUGAAAGAGGAAGACCAAGAGCCAAUAGAAGUGAAAGAAGAAAGUCAAAAACUGAAUGAAGUGAAAGAGGAACAUCAGAAUUUCAUAACUGGAGAAAAAUCUAUUAGUUGCUCACAGUCUGAAAAUAAUUUCUCACAAAACAAAACUCAACCAGAAAAUUCCUUCACAUGUCCUCAGUGUGGAAAGAGUUUUACAUGUAAAGGAAAACUUUUGAUUCAUAUUACUCUUCACACUGGAGAGAGACCUUUCUCAUGCCAUCAGUGUGGAAAAAAUUACGCAAACAAAUUUGGCCUUAAAAGACACAUACGAUUUCACACCGGAGAGAGCCCUUUUUCAUGUCAUCAAUGUGGAAAAAGUUACACACAGAAACAAAGUCUUCAGAUACACAUAAGAACUCACACUGGAGAGAAACCUUUCACAUGCACUCAGUGUGGAAAGAGUUUCAUACGGAAAGCAAGUCUUACCAAGCACAUGAAAAUUCACACUGCAGAGAAACCAUUUAUAUGCCCUCAGUGUGGAAAGUGUUUCCUACGGAAAGAAGGUCUUAACAUGCACAUGAAAGUUCACACUGGAGAGAAGCCUUUCACUUGUCUUCAGUGUGGAAAAUGUUACAUAGACAAUAUACGCCUCAAACGACACAUGAGAUUUCAUACUGGAGAGAAACCUUUCACAUGCUCUCAGUGUGGAAAAAGUUUCAUAAGGAAAGGAGAUCUUAACAUGCACAUGAAAAUUCACACUGGAGAGAAGCCUUUCACGUGCCAUAAGUGUGGUAAAAGUUACGUAGACAAAUUAGGCCUUGAGAGACACAUGAUUUUUCACACUGGAGUAAAGCCUUUCUCAUGCCCUCAGUGUGGAAAAAGUUUCACGUCUAAAAGAUCCCUUCAGGUGCACAUAAGGAUUCACACUGGAGAGAAGCCUUUCAUUUGCCAUCAGUGUGGAAAGAGUUUCAUUAAUAAAGGAAACCUUCAGGACCACAUAAGAUGUCACACUGGAGUGAAGCCUUUCAUAUGCUUUCAGUGUGGGAAGAGUUUUUUGCGUAAAGGAAAUGUUAAUGUGCACAUGAGAAUUCACACUGGAGAGAAGCCUUACGCAUGCCUUCAAUGUGGAAAGAGAUUCGCUCGUAAAGGAAAUGUUGACAUACACAUGAAAAUGCACACUGGAGAGAAGCCGUACACAUGCCAUCAAUGUGGAAAGAGUUUCAGUCGAUCACAUACACUAAAAAAACAUGGAAGAGUUCAUGCUGGAGAGAAACCAUAACACCAGCAUUCAUGUGGGAAAAGUCAAAGAUAAGGGCUUUGCCCAGUUGUUGGAGUGAGCAAACUGAAAGUAAUGGUAUGAAAUUCAAAAACUCAAAGAUGUAAUUGCUCUAAAUGAAAAUAUUUUUGUACGUUGCAUUACCUGUAAUGAUGAAUCAGCUGUCAUUCUAUGUAAAGAGUUUUAGGAAGUAAAGCUGGGCAAUACAGCAAAAACAGUUACAAUAUAAUGUGUAUAUAUAAAGGGGUUAUUAAAAAGUACACCCCCCAGUUAAAAUAGAAGAUUUUUUUUCUAAUGUACUAGAUGAAACCGAAUUAAAACAUGUUAGUUCUUGUUCCACCAUUAAUGAUAAUGCA